AUGGCGAGUCUCUUGGUUGUUCUUGGCAUCACGGGUAACCAGGGUGGCAGCGUUGCAGAUGCCUUCGUUACUGACAAGAACUGGCGAAUCCGUGCCAUUACGCGCGACACCACAAGUCCUUCCGCACAGAACUGGGCAUCACGCGGUGUGGAGCUUGUGUGCGCUGACAUGGACGAUAUCGACUCCCUGAAGGCCGCCUUUGCGGGCGCGCAAGCUAUUUUCGCGAUGACAGACUACUGGUCUCCUCUUUCUGACCCAAAGAUAAGAGCAAAGGCCACAGAGCGUGGAAUAAGCGCAAAUCAGCUAUGCGCUGAGCUGGAGGCUCAGCGUGGUAAGAACAUGGCGAUCGCGGCCGCGUCUUCCAAGGUGCAACAGACGCUGAAGCGUUAUAUAUACAGCAGCCUGCCAGAUGUCUCGCGGCUUUCAAGCGGAAAGUACACUCACGUGUGGCAUUUUGACAGCAAAGCUGCGGUUGAGCGAUUCAUUCGCGAGGACAUGGAUAUGGUGGAAGCAGGCUUGGCUGAGAAGGCCAGCUUCAUCCAUGUUGGUCUUUAUUCCGAUAAUUGGAUGCGGUCGGGUCUUGAGAUCCAGAAAGACCACAGUACGGGUGGCUACUGGCAUAUCGAUAUAGGUACUGGCCAUAGGAAGCAACCGUUUGUCUGGGCUCGCAGAGACACUGGUCCACUGGUGAAAAGACUCAUUGAGGACGUGAUACCUGGCACAAGGCUUCUGGCUGUCAGCCAAAAUGCCAGUUACCGCGACUUCAUGGCAAUUUGGGCGAAGACUCUCGGAAAAAGUCUUGCUGGCGACGAUGGUAUCAAACAAAUGCAUGAUGAGGGUUACAGGAAACUGAUCUCUGGCGAUGAGCACCUCAAGGAGCACAUUCUGCAAUACGGACAAUAUGCCCGCGAAUUUGGCUAUGACAGUGGCGAUACGGACACCCUCUACCCUAUUGAUAUCGGCGCAGAAGACCUCGUUACUUCUCUUGAGAUGUACUUCAAGCAGGAGGAUUGGUCUAUGUUGCCUUUGUAG